AGUGGAUCCCUUCCCCAGCGUCGGAUCUGAACCAAAAAAGAAACUCUCGAAAUCAAGCGUAGCCUAACAAUUCACCAAUUUGAAGGAGAAAUAGCAUCGUCUUUCUCCGCUCUUUGAUUGCACCGUCGUAACCCUUCAAACCGACAUGUGAUUGAUGUGUGAAUUUUGAGGUGGUUGUGUUCCGUUUGAUGAAAAUGAGCGUUAUCCGAGUUUCUCCAUGUCUUCCUGGGGUUUAUGCCUCCCCAAUUACAUCGUCUCAGUUACGCCGCCGCGAUUUUAACUCAAGACCGCGUUCAUUGCCGAUGAUGGGGUUUGACCCUCUCUCUGUGGCUUCCCUGAGCCUCAGAGCCGAACCUUCGCCUCGCUUGCAAUGCCAGCCUGCCCUUAAAUCACGGCGACCUCUCCUCGUUUGUUUUGCCGCCAGUGGACAAGGAAUGAUGGAAAAUAACAGGGAAGCUAUGGGACAAUGGAAGGGACAGUCAAUAGAGGAUAUAUUGCGACAGCAAAUGGAAAAGGGCGGGAGUGGGGGCAAGCCUCCGGGAGGACGAGGUGGUGGUGGUGGUAGUGACAGCAGCUCUGGUGGAUCAGAUGGGAUGUCAAAUGAAACUCUUCAAGUUGUUUUAGCAUCAGUUUCCUUUAUAUUAAUGUAUAUUUUUGUUAUCAAUGGCUUAGAACUUCUAAAGCUAUUUAAGGACUGCAUCAAGUUUGUGUCUGGUAGAGGCCAGAGUGUUCGAUUGAAGCGAGCAGUAUACAAAUGGGUACGAAUUUUCAAGAAUAUCAUUGAGAAGAUGGAAGCUGCCAGGAAUGGGUUGGAGAAAGCCUCCACUUGUUUGUUGGACCGUGAUUUCUUUCGAGGUGUCUUUCAGUGUAACAUGAAAUCAAAUCCAGAAUAGUUUUUCUGUAUGUACCUAUUCAUAUAAAUUAUGAUUUCCUUCUUUAGGACAAAAAGUACAUUCCAAUAUCAUUUAUUUUUUUGGUAUACAUUCAAUAUCAUUCUUCGGUCGCGCUGAAAUUUCACCAUUUGAGAAUAACAGGUUAAAUUAAA